AUGAAGUUUCACUUGGUCUAUAGAAAUAAUGGGCGCUACAAUCAGGUUCUAGGCGACAGAGAGCCGAGAAUCGACUCUAUAGACCAAGAAAUUUCAGGCCAGACAUCGCAGCCCACUGAGGUAUAUUUAGGACUACCUCGCUUCCUCGAAACUACGAAUUUAACCGAACGAGAAACCGAUAAGUCUUCAACAUCUCCCUCUGCAAAACAGUUCCAACCCUUUUCAACAGAACUUUAUAAUGAGUAUUUGCACGGGAACAUACCCAAUUCUUACCAUAAUUUAUUUGAAGACUAUACAAUUACUAACGCAAACUCAGGGACCAAAUUUAAACUACCCAUUUCAGAACAAUAUGAUCCGGAAGGUAAAAAGUUUGAUGGAAGGCAAACAGAAGACAGAAUCAUUAAGAAAAUAUGGGAAAUGAAAAUAAAAAGAAACUUUGUAGAAAACGAGGAAAAAGUUGAGAACAAUAAGUCACAAUUAGAAAUCAAAACCGAGCCAAUAACUUUCAUCACAGAAAAUAAUAAGUACGAGAACAAAGAUUUUAAUAAUAAAGUUUGUAAUAACACAGACAGCAUUCAAUCAACCGCAAACAAUAUAGUAAACGAAAGUAUAGGAAAAGCUAUAACAGUUGCGCAAGAAAUAUUUAAAGAGAUCAACACUGAGUCGAUUGAACUAUGUACUCCUCCACCAUCACAAUUAAACAUUUUACAAGAUAAUAUUUCGAGUAAGAAACUAUUACGAGAGGAAGCAGAUAUCUUGUCUAAAUCAGUUAAUGAAUCCGUACAACAUUAUGAAAGAAUUGGCACAGAUUGUCGAAUAAAUAAUCUACAAAAAGAAAAUAACUUGGAAGAUGAAAGAAAGUUGUAUUUAAUGCAGGAGAUUGAUGAAAGCAUUGAGGUUGGCUCGGUGAAAAGAAAAUCUGUUAAAUUUGAAAAUGAAGCGGAAAAGCUCUUUCGUUCUUAUAAAUCAGAAGAUUUUUUUAAUGACGAAACAGUUUCCAAGAAUAGUUGUCAUUUAAAAAAUAAAACAGAACAAAGAACAGAGUUUAAAAAAAAGUUGUCCGGUUCUGAAAUGGCUCAAAUGUCGUUAAGAAAGCCAGAAGAACUAACUCAAAUAAUGGACACUGUAAUAUCAGAAUUUCAUACAAAGCUAAAUAUUGGAGGUUCUCACUACACUAUGCGACUUUGUAAUAAAAUGUCAGAAAAUAGCAGUAACAUCGAGGAAGUAGAGAUUAAAGAAACUGAUCCCCUCGAAUGGCUUACAAAAAUGGAUAGUGAAGAAAGGGAACAAAUAAAAAAAGAAAUUAAACUUGCAACUAUACAGGCUGCGAGAAGAGUAUCGGAAAGUCGUGAAACAUUUGAUCAUCAUGUAAGGUCUUAUAAUGAUUACCGGAAAUUUAAAUCUGAGCCAACGGAUAGUUUGACAUAUAUUGCCAUUGUAGAGUCGCACGUAUUUACUAAUAGAAAUUUAAUAUCUGACAAAUACUUUUCAAACGUAGAAAUCACUCAAAAUUCGGAAUUAACAGGUUCUAAUAACGUAGUAUCAGCUACCUCCGAAAGGUCCAAAAGUAUGGAUAUAAAGUCCCCAAUGGUCUUACCAGAUGUAAUAAGGGCUGAUUACGUAGCUACUGUAAAUGUUGAACAUAAAAAGUUUCCAAUAGUUUCAGAUGAAAACGAAGAUGAAAGUAUUAUAUCAGAAGUAAAACAAUCAAUAGAUGAAGGCAUUGAAGUACAAGCUGGUGGGAAAACAGCUACUACAAAAAUAACCACAACCUUGGAAAAUUCUGAAACAAAACAAAGUUAUAAUAAUUUGAUUAAACAGGAAGCCACUGAACGGACUUUAGAAUUGCAUGAAUUAAAAGCAAUUGAAACCAUUGAAUCAACAGUUACCAAGACGAACGUUCUUCAAGCAAAAGAAUCUCUAGAGAUAAGUGAAUUAAAAGCAGCUCAAAUUAUAGAACAAAACACUCCAACACAAAUAAUUACACAAAUAGAAACAUCUUCAGCAAACAAAACUGAAUACAUAAAUGUAAAGGAAGAAGUAGCUAUUCCAGUUAUAGAAAUUAAAGAACUUAAUAAAUUUCAAGCAUUAAAUAAAGCAACCGCUAGACAAACAAGUGUAAUUUUCGAAGAUAUACAAAAUAACACUAUUACUAUUACCAAUGUCGCAGAAGAUACACCAUGUUUUAGUUUAGAAGCAGAAGAAUUAAGUAAAGCACAAGCUCUUUGUAAAGAAACUGUAUUUGACGUAACUAAUUGUAAGAGAACUGAACUAUUAAAUGAAGCUGCAAUGCGCUAUUUUUCAGUUUAUUUUGAAGAAAAUGAUUAUUUUUCAAUUAACAAAAUUGUUGAAGAAGUAGCUAUCAUAUGUUACCAAAAAAUGGAGCUUGUAAUGGCUUACUCAGUUUGUACGCCCGUAGCUAUGCAUAUAACUAUACACUUUGAUGAAGUGGAAUCUAUCAAAUUAGAUAGAUUUGAAAUAGAGAAAGCCAGCAUCUAUGAAGAAAAUAGAGAAUUUUCGAAGACUUUUUGUAUAGUUUACGCAACGAGUGAAGACAUAAGCACAGACACAGAAGAAACCCUGUCAUUUAAAACAGUUGAUAUCGAAAAUGUAUUGGCUACUAUAAGUUAUGAACCGCAAGUUUUAGUUACAGUUAAUUCAGUUGCUAUUCCGCUCAUAAGGCAACUAAGCAAUAACUACAUUGAUGUAGAAUUCAUGGAAAGCGAACGCUUUCAAGAAGGGAACGCAGAAUGUAGAGAAGAAAUUAAAGAAUCGCCAUUAGUACUUUCGAUGUGUACUGCUAUCGGCCAUUUAUUAAAAAUUGAUGGAGAAGAAAGCCAUGAGUUUGAGAUUGACGAGGCUAAAGAGGAAUUUAGUUCUAUAUGUAUUGAACCAGAAGUAUUAUUAACAGCCUUCCCAUUAUGUACAUCGUUAAUAAGACAAACUAGUACAAUAUAUAAUGAAGCUCAAAGUAUAGAGAGUGAAAUAAUCCAAGAAGAGAAAGCAGACUCGUACAUCGUAAAAGAAAUAUUUACAACGGCGAAGGGUAUAUGCACCGCAAUAGCUCAAACGAUUAUUACUAAUUUACUGGAAAUUAAUUUAUAUGAAGUAGAAAAGAUUAAAGCAGAACAAGGUUUUGGUUGCAUAGAACCAAAUAUAUUUGAAAUAGCAUUAUCAGUAGGUACAUCAACGGCAAUGCAAAUAAAUGUAAUUUACGUCGAAGUUGCUUUUAAAGAACCUGAUAUGUUUAGGGAAGAAGUUGCCUUAUCUAGUUUAGAAAUAAAGGAAUUUGUAAGAACACACCCAAUGUGUCAAGCUGUUGCAGAACAAAUUACAACAAUUUUUGAAGAAACUAAAACUAUGUCGCUUAAUUAUGAAGUAACGGAAGAAUAUGCAAAAAUAGUUGAUGUUCCAUAUCAUCUUAUUUCUACAUUGUCCAUUAGCGUAGCCUGUGCAAGCCAAAUAAGAUUAGAUUCUGAAGUGACAGAAAAUUUGGAAUGUUCUGAUAUAAGAGAAGAGCAAAUUGCAUUUUCUAUCCAAGAACACGAGCUAAAAAAAGCUGUUGCUGUUCUAAUAGCUGUAGCGAAUAAUGAAUACACUGAUUUUUAUUCAGUGCAAGAUAAUAAUUCAAUUAAUUUUUACUGUGACAAACAAUUAGCUCUCAUAAUAUUGGAACCAAAUUUUUUAAAUUUCGCAUUGCCUUUUAAUAAUGCUACUGUUCAACAGGCAAGUUUUACGUAUGAGAAUCAUGAAACACAAGUUGUUAAAUAUCCUGUUAAAUAUGAACACGCGGAAAUGACCAAAGAGACCACACGUUUUACAAAUGCGGAAACUAUGAACAAAGCUGUUGUAAUUAAUAGUGAUGAUAUUUAUUUAUUAUUUAAAACUAAUAAAGAUGAAAUUUUCAAAGAGUCUGCAGCAACUCAUUUAGAAUCUUCCAGCUAUAGUGAAUCAUCAACGAACGAGAUUUUAAGCAGUGCUGUUAUUAAUAAAAACAACGUUGGAUCAUCAGAAAUUGUAAAUGUUUCUGAAAACCAAAGAAUUAAAGAAAAAUUAAAAGGUGAUAACGAAGAAGCAUUUAGUGAAAAAGAUUCUUAUUUAAAUGUUUCAGUUAUACAAAAUGUUGAAAGAGAGGAGUCUCAAAAACAUCAGCAAUUGUCUUGUGAACUUUCUUUAUCUAAUACUAUCAGAGAAUCUGCUUCUGGAAACGUCAAAGAGGCUAUACUUAUGGCUGGAGCUGAGGAUAUUAAAUCCACAGAUUUUCAAACAGAUUUGAUACAAACUGCUGAGCAUAAAUUUAAAAAUUGUACUGACAUUGUGAUACAAAAUAUAACUGAAAUAGGUAAUAGUUCUGAUGAUUCUGAUGAAACACACUUAAACAACGAUAUAUCUACAGCCAAGUUACAAAAAACUUUAAAUAAACUUGAGGCACAAACGACACAGAACUGCAAUAUAUCCGAAAAAUUACAAGACGUGAUAUCUACUAAAAAUUUGUCUGGACUUAUAAAAGAUAAAACAGCUGCAGAUGAAUCAGCAACAUUAACAAUUAUAAAAAAAGAAGAACAUGAACCAGUGUGCUCUGUGUCGGAAAUGUAUGAGGAGAAAGAUUUAACUCGCAGUAAAUUAAUAAACACAGCUGCUUUCUCAAAAUCGGUUUCUGGACUAAGUCAUAACCAACAUAGUUUUGCUUUAAAGGAAACUGAUGAACAAUUGUUACGAGCAAAUAUAUUCGAAUCGCAAACACUUAGGAGUUCCAGUGAAUCAGAAUCAACUGUACGCGGAUCAACAAACAUAGAGCUAAACGAAAUAGAGUCCCUUUUAAGUCAACCAUCGAAUGGAGGUAGCGCCUAUAAAAAAUCAUUCAGAAAAAGUUCCGUUUCACAAUCAACUUCGAAAUCAUCGAUAUUAUCAUAUUCCGAUUCCCAAGAGUCAACAAAAUCAGCCAAAAAUUGCAAGUUGGUUGUUAAGACUGACUCAAACCCAGACAAAUUUGCAAAAACUCAAAAGUGCAUCCAAAAUGUUGCAAAUAUUACUGAUAUUCAAUCUCCUACGACUCCUCCUACACCAAUAACAGAUGAAUACAUUUUUAGACUUGUAGUGCCGUUACCUAAAAGCAGAGGAACCACCCCUGUUCCAAGAGAUCCAAGCCCUGAAAUUUUUGAAUUCACACAUGAUAAGGAUCCACAUAAAGAAAAGAAAAAUCUGAUACCAAAAGUAGAAACUAAAAUAAAUGAAGGAGUUUUGUAUAACCCACCUUUACCAAAUCCGUCUAAAAGCCCUCCUAACUCUUCCGUAUACACUAAGCCAGGCUUAAAUGGUGGAGCAAAACGACUACCACGAUAUGUCAAGUUAGGGUUAAGAGGCGGAUCAGACACACCUCCAAUAACAAAGGAAGAUAUAUUGGAGGUGCAAAGAAAAUCGUCAAUUCUCGCUUCAGCCAUUACCGCAACACUUAAAAGCAUUGAAGAAUAUAAAAAAGAAUUUGGCAUUUUAAAAAAACAAGGCACAGAUGAACAAGGCCUGCCUAACAUUAGAACAGAAGCAGAAGAAAUUAUGAGCAAUAUAAGUGAAGGUAAAAUGGAAACAUUUAUUAGUGAUACAAAUGUACAUGAAAAUAAAAGCGAUCCAGAUGUACCUGAUCUUGCUAUUGAGAAGGAAGAGAUAGAAAAAGACAAUUUAAUGGUAGCAGAGGAAACUGACAAAGCGAUAACUAUUUCUGUAGAAUUAUCCAAGAUUGAAACAAAGGCUGAGAAUAGUGACAUAAAACAUGAAAAAUACGCAGAAGAUUUUGAAGAUAUUAUUUUGGAGGACGUUUACAGUCGCAUACAAAGAGCAGAUGAAAUUCAAAGUGAGACUAAUAUAAUAGAAGGAUUUGUUUCUGCUGAAGCUAUAGUUGAAUACCCUACUGAAGCAACUCUUCUAAAGGUCGUAUCUAAUAAUGAAACCCACAACAGAAAAUACAAUGAGAUUAUAAAAGAAAAUAUAACUGAAUUUACUGAAAAUUUUAAAAACGUUAAAAUCGAUACAGAUGAAAAAGAAAUGGAGCAAAGUGAACAUGAGGUGUAUCAAACGCCUGAUGAGGAACCUAGAACUAUCCAACAGUAUGUUGAUGAGGUACAAUCAGAAGAUAUCGCAGCUGAUCAGGAAGUCGCUGGUGUUACAGAGAAGACUAUAGAUACUGACAGAGGUAUAUCUGUAGACAGAUGUCCUGCAUUAACACCAAAAGAAGAACUACUGAAGGAGCAACACGUGAUUAGCCUCACAAGAGUUCUCUCAGCGCACAUGCUCCGAGAAGAGUUAAGCCCAGACUGUUCCAAAAUGAAGAUCAGAAACGAAAUUCAGGAAAAAUCAGCCGACAACGAACCGAUUGAAAAGGAACAAGAUACAAUCAAAGAAGAGAAGAAGGAAAUAAAAUGGACGACAUUUCUGCAGAAAUCACAUCCGGUUCCGGGGCAAACAUUGGGACAUUUCACUGAUUUGCAAAACAAAUUUGAAAUUCAAGACUUCAAUUCCAGUCCGCUGCCGUGGCAAGAGCGAGCACUGGCAGAUUCUCUAGGCGCACGAGGGUUACAAAUUGAAGAGCCUAUACUAAUUCCUGAAGAGGAGCCAGAGUACCUCAUAGCAGUACCUCCAGGAUUUUGUGGUACAAGUGAUACGGAAGCUACUGUCCAACACGAAAUACCAAGAAUCGAGGUUAUGGAAGAUGAACACGAAGCAGAAAAGUACAGCAAAGAAGAGAGGAUUAAGAUAGAAGAAAUAGUUAAAGACGCACUGAAAAUUGUAGACGGUUUGGCAAGAGACUCAGAGAAUAAUGAACUAGUCCAGAUCUUGCUGACGAAAAUUAAGAGUAUAGCUGAUUCCACAGCACCAAUUGAAGAGCGAUUAAGCCAAAUGAAGAGUCAGCUUGAGACUUUGGCGCAAGUGCCAAACGUUGUUAAGGAAACCUUGGAUAACAUAAAUGAGCGACUGUACCAAAUAGGCCACCAGGUACGUAACUAA